GGCAUUCCAGACGCCUCAUCUAUUGUCCUGCAAGGCUCCUCUCGGAGUGCGGAGAAGAUCCUGUUCCUCCUGCCCGACGGCUCAGGGUCAGCCACCUCAUAUGCAUCACUGCCGCGUAUUGCGGCCAAAGUCGCCGUCAUUGCUCUCAACUCGCCGUUCCUUAAGAACGAUGUCGACGUGCACUGCACCGUCGACGAGCUUGUCGGAAGCUAUCUGAAAGAGAUCCGCACCCGCCAGCCCACCGGGCCCUACCACCUCGCCGGCUGGUCUGCGGGCGGGAUUCUGGCGUACCGAGCCGCUCAGAUUCUUCUUGCCCGUGGGGAACAGGUUCCCUGCUUAGUCUUGCUCGAUGCGCCUCCACCGAUGGGACUGGGGACGCUUCCACAGCAUUUCUUCGAUCAUUGCGACGCAAUGGGCAUCUUCGGCCAGGAGGGCAAGGCUCCGGAAUGGCUUAUACCACAUUUCAAGAAGACCAAUGCCAUUCUCAGUGGAUACUAUGCGACGCCCUUUGUGGCUGGCCAGGGCCCCGACAGGACAGGAAUCAUCUGGGCAAGUCAGAGCGUCUUUGAUAGUAAAGGAUGUGCUCGACCGGCGCCGCGCCCUGAGGACACGGAGGAUAUGAAGUUCCUCACUGAGGCACGGACUGAUUUCUCGGCGGGGAUUUGGGGGUCCUUGUUCCCUGGAGCUGAGGUGGUUGUGGAUAAGGCCGACGGGGCAAAUCAUUUCUCCAUGAUGCAAGAGGGGAAAUAUGCACGCCAGGUAGCGGCGUUCAUAGGCCAGCUUUUAUCAGGGUAA